ACGUAAAAUACAACAAGAUACUAAACUAAAAAGUGCGAGUACAUAUUUUUGGCGAAUUUUUGAGGUCAUGGAACAUGAAACAACCACGGAUUUGAAGUUCAAUAUCAGGAUCAAUGAAUAUUCCCACUCCACCACAACGUCUUGGCUAUUAUUACGUUAGUUAUAUAAAACACUCGUGCACUGUAUUUAUGCGGUGCAUGUGAUGUUGCUCCGGCCACUGGACAUUAUCAAUAACGAGUGUUUCGUGUUGUGCACGUAGUUAAUUUCAAAAAGAAAAGACCAUCACGUCAGGAAGUUUUCUUUUUCAAAUAACUAUGAGUCCAAAACUAGACAGCGUUAUUAACAUUGAUAACAACAUUAUAGAUGUGUACAAAUGGUCUAUACCAAGACCAUCAUUUUCAUCAUCAGGACAAGAAGAUUCCAGUGACAAAUCACAGCCAGACUCAUCUACAUCGCCUAAUCAAUUGAGCAUUAAGAGUAAAUCAUCCACAACUAAGUUACUACUGUGUGCUGAAAAUUUAAACGCUCAUAACAAAUAUAUUGAUCGUGACAAUGACUUGGAUACUUUAUCAGUAGCAUCAUCUAACCAUUUUACAAUCGUCAAUGGUAUGGGAGGACAUAAACGAAAUAAGUCUAUUAAACCUAUCCAAUGUUGCUGUGAACGGCAUCAGCUUACAGUAUUAGUCAUUUCUAUGACAAUAGUUCUCUUCCUAACCAUUGUUUACUGCGUUUACUACGUACACAGACGUGCAAUCGAGUGUACAAAUAACUAUGCUUAAUACCAGUCAAACAAGUGUUUAAGUACAAGAUUCUAAAUAAUUAUUGACUACCCAAAUGGAUAGUAAAUUGUAUUAUUACAAGUCAUA